GGGUUCUGCAGUUUUACGUCAGUAUGUGAAAUUGGGCGCAUGCUCAUCAUUAUGCGUCGCUUUACGGCAGCCCGCCAUUUUGCUCCGGCGCACACAUCGUGCAGCGCACACAUCCUGCACACUCCUGCUCGGCCCGCACAUGCUAACGCCCCGCACAUGCUAACGUCCCGGCCGCUUUUGUCUGCAGUCUGGACACUGUUUAAGUGAGGGGGAACCACCGGGAGCUCCGCGGACAUCUGAGCCUCAGCCGCUCCUCAGUCUGAUGGUGUGACUUGGAGGAGCUCAGGUAAAAGAUGACGCAGUUUUUGCCUCCAAACCUGCUGGCGCUGUUUGCGCCACGAGACCCUAUUCCCUUUCUGCCUCAGCUGGAGAAGCUGCCCCAUGAGAAGCAUCACAACCAGCCAUACUGCGGGAUCGCCCCGUUCAUCAGGCACUUCGAGGACCCCAGAGAUGCUCCUCCACCAACCAGAGCAGAGACCAGGGAGGAGCGCCUUGAGAGGAAGAGGAGAGAGAAGAUCGAGCGCAGGCAGACGGUGCUGGAGUCAGAGCUCAAACUCUGGGACCCCCACAAUGACCCAAAUGCCCAGGGCGAUGCCUUUAAGACCCUGUUUGUGGCCCGAGUGAACUAUGAUACCACAGAGUCUAAACUACGACGAGAGUUUGAAGUCUACGGCCCCAUCAAAAGGAUCUACAUAGUGUACAACAAAAGGACGGGGAAGCCUCGCGGGUACGCCUUCAUCGAGUACGAGCACGAGCGGGACAUGCACUCUGCCUACAAACAUGCCGACGGGAAGAAGAUCGACGGGCGCAGGGUGCUGGUGGACGUGGAACGUGGACGCACCGUCAAGGGCUGGAGGCCGCGCAGGCUAGGAGGAGGUCUGGGCGGCACCAGGAGAGGAGGAGCAGACGUCAACAUUAAGCACUCGGGCAGAGAUGACUCUUCACGCUACGACGAGCGGCCACUGGGCGGUGAACGUGACAGAGGCGAGCGGCGAGAGCGCACCAGUCGUGACCGUGACAGGGAGCGGCGCCGCUCGCGCUCUCGAGAGCGCCGCAGACGCACUCGCUCCAGAGAGAGAGAGAGGGCUGCCGGAGAAGACGCAGGCAGCAGGCGUAGAGACAGGGACAGAGAGGCUCGGGGCGACAGGAGCCGAGAGAGGAGUCGUGACAGGGAGCGCAAACGCAGGAGCCGCAGCAGGGACCGCAAGAGGGACCGCGACCGUACCAAAGGCCCCGACGGAGAAGACGUCCAGCCCGGAGAAGGGGCACCGGAGGGAGUGGAGAGAGGGCCUGAUGAGCAGCCAGAAGGAGAGCCCGGUGCCGAAGGGGACGAACAGCGAAGAGACAAAGAGCGGGACAAGGAGCGCAGACGCAGUCAUAGAGACAGGGACCGCAGACGAGACAGGGACAGAGAGCACAAACGAGACAGGGACAGAGACAGGGAGCGCAGGGAUGACAGGCACACAGAACCCCAGGACCAGGCCCCCGAGGAGGACAAUGGCCCCUCACUGAAGACAGAUGAGUACUCCCAGGACGAGGGCAUGGAGCAGCCCACUGAGGGGCCCGAUGACUAUGGCAACGGGGAGAACGGAUACAAGAUGGAGGGGGGUGCUGACGAGUACUGAGCUCUAAACUCUGUGGACUCAUUGGACUGUAGUGAAGUGUUUCAGAUCAAACCAUCAAAGCGCUCUCAUAAUGCCUUUUUUAAAUGACUCAAAUAAUUGCAUUAGGACAAGGGGCCCAAAAGGGAGCUAGUUUUUAAUUUAGAUUUUUCCAGAAGUGUGGUUUAAGUCUUAGUUGAUUGAAUCGGUCUUGUGCUCUGCAUGCCAGACCCAUGUUCUGUUGGGGCUUCUUCUUCUUUCACAGCUUUGUUCUUCAGAGAACAGCCAAGUGCACUCGGCUCGCUCUGUCCCAGUGUGAGCAACAGUCAUGCUAAUGUACCGUCUCAAACUGUAAAUGAUCUGCUGAAUUUGGCUCUUUGAGGGGCUCUUGUUCAUUCUGAAUUAAACUUUUUAAUUAAAAGCC